AAUAGUUUAAUGAAUCGUUUGGAUUUAGCAUCCAAAUUGACACUUUCGUCUAAUAACAAUGAAUCAGAUAAUGAUUCAAUCAUCAACAAUAAUAAUGUUGAACCAAAUUUAGAAACAUUUAAAGAAGCGCUUCAUAUGCGUAAUUCGAACGUAUCAUCGACGAUGACAAAUCAAACCGCACAGAAACGAAAUAAUCAUUAUGAAGAUCUACAUGAAUUUGUUGAUCAACAAUUUCAUCGCCAUAAUGAAUCAAGAAAACGAACAUCAUCGAUGGAUAUCUGUAUGGUUGAUUCAUCGGCAAACGGUGUUGUUAAUAAACGAACGAAAUUCUAUUAAAAAAUAUAAAAUAAAUAACCUUGUAUCGUACGUUAUUACGGGCGACGAUUUUUUUUCAUUAGAUUUUUUUUUUUGCUUAUGUAAUAAUUAAGAAAAUAAAUAACACAAAACCAACAAACAAAAAUAUGAACCAUUUCAGUCAGAAUUUUAUAGAAAUUCUGUAUGUCAAAUAUAAAUUUGUUAUAACACACAAACACACACACACUUAAACACUUGUAAUUUUUGCUUCGGCAUA